UGCAAUUUUCUUAUUAAUAUCAGUGAUAUGCACUUUUCUAUAUUUUAAUGUCUGACAUCUAGGUACUUACAUUAAUAUACCUACUUAAUCAGAUAGAUAGCAAUUGUACUUAAAUUACAUGUUCAUAAAGAUACACGGUUGUGAUACGUAAAGAAAUGAAAUUCAUGGUUUAUUUUAAGAUCAUUGAAUAAAGUGUGUUUUAGCCCUUUAGUGUCAGUGUGAGGUUUAGGAAUUUUCAAGGGGUUUUCUUUGUUCCAAAGACAUUUUGGUUGAAUUCAUCGUAAGCCAUUAUUAACAGUAGAAGCAGUGUAUAUAUGUUUCCCAUGACUUGCAAUUUUUUUGUGUUUCCCUGGUGUUCCUACAGUAUUAAACAGAGUGCAAAUUCAUUUAGGAAUAAUUCUCGUUUUGUAUUCUUGGGUUUUCAUAGAUAGGUUACUUCCUAUUGCCACAAUAUCCUAGGGCUCUUAAGAUAUUUAUUCCAUGCUCUUUGCCCACACACUAUUACUGGCAGUUUUAGCAGUCUAUAUAAUCAGAAUCAUUGGUGUUGUUUCUACAGUAAUGUUUACACCUGAAUUUGAUAAUGUAGAGAUAACAAUAUUUAUAUUUGCCAUUCUUGAAGCAGUCACAAAUAGUCAUUCAAAAUUGCCUUUCAUAUACUUUAUCUUUUAUCAUCAUAGAUGUAUUGAUAAGCUUGUUGGCUAUUCAAUUUCCAUUUGAAUCUUUACUCUAAAUGACCGCAGUGUAUGGAGGCAUGGGGCGGCACUAUUGAUUUACUAUUUGUAUUGAAAAUUAGUUGUUGAUAGGAGUGGGGCACAAGGCUAGUAUGUCUGGAAAAUUAUUGUUUGUUCUGUAGCCAUCACUUUGACAGUUUUUUAUAGCUGCUGUACUAAACAGAAUCAAGUUGUAUUAGGAAAUAGGGGUGUAUUCUAAAAUAAUAAUGUAUUGUCUGCUUUAAGCAACUGGGAUGUGGUUAGUAAAAUAAACAAUCAGGUUUUUCAUCAGAGCAUUACUAAUUAGGUUUUCAUUGGUUGUGUAGACAAUCAAACAAUGUUUUACCCAUAAAUUCCCUAAUCCCAUCCCAUGCAUUGUUUAUGUAAUAAUGUUGGUUCACUGCUCAUCAUUUCAUUAUUAUUGAAACUUCAAAAUUUGCUUAUUUUACUUUAUGAAAUAAUGACGUCAUAGUAACCUCAAUUAAUUCUCACAUGAUAUUCAUAAUAAUUGAUGGCUUAAGCAUUCUUUAUAUAAUUUUCUUCUAGGAAGCUUACAUAGUGCUGACGUUACAAGUGUGUUAAAAGUCAUUCAUAAAAAACCAUCACGGGUAACACUCAUUCAUUAACAUUUGUGUGAACAAUGGUAGUAAUCUAGAGUGUGAGUCAAGUGAUUUAUAGUUUUCCAAAAUGCAGAACAAUAAAGGAAUUGUAGUUUACAGAAAAUGGGUUCAUUUUCAUAUCAACAUGAACGCUAGAAAUCCGGCCCAUGCACAUGAAAUAAACACCACUUAUCAAAGGAUUAUCCCAUCACCCACUAGAAUGGAUCCAUCAUGCUCGCAAAGCGAGUGUGACAUUUAUGAAGGGGGCAACCAAGUCCCCUAUGAUAUUAACGCAGAGAUAAAGACUGAAAAUGUACCAAUAAUAGAGAAACCAGUGACCUCACAGAACAAUGGGCGGCAGCCUAUCGACGACAUCGAACGUGAAGACUUCGAUGAGGAGAACCGGCUCCUGAAGCACUGCUCCGGCAUGAUCGUGGGCGACAAGAUAGCCACCGCUGCCGCCCACUACUCCGGCAACCUGUCCAGUGCCAACUCUAGCCUGGCCUCUAGCUCUGAGACAAUAUCGAAUUUGUCUAAUCUAAUAACAAACGACUUUAGCCUUCCUGGGUGCAGCAAAGAUGGGGAUGAUUCCAAUACCACUAUAAAGAACAUGAUACAUUCUAGGAAAUAUGUUGUGCAUGAGCCGAAAGAAGAUUUCAUGCAGAAACUUUUGAAUAGUAAUACGCAAGAGAAGAAAGAUUUUCCUAAAGGGAAGUUAUAUAAAGGGGACAAGAUGGACUGUGAGAAUGAUGAAGGGUGUGACAUGAAUAGUGUAGGAGGCCCGUCCGGGAGAACCAGUUCCAAUGCAUCUAGUAUUGGGAGCUCCAGCUCAGAUAGCACCAAGGAGUUCACCGUGCCGUCCACCUCCAAUGCUGAGAAGCUACUGGGGCUCGAUGACAGCAGGAAAAAUGAGCCGGGGAGUUCUAAGUCUUCGAACUACAACUAUUGUGAUGGGGAUGAUGAUUCUGACGACGAGAUUACCGAGGAGUCGUGGUGCACAUGCCUGUCUUCUCACGAGGAUGAUGACGAAGACGAGGAGCCCGAACCAGAACCGGAACGACUUUGGAGGAAGCGACGCCAUGAGCCGCCGCCGCCGCAGUCAGCUAAGAAGUUCUGCGGUGACGGGCACUCGUCCGGGUCGGACGGCUGGCCCUCGCCCACCGCCAGCUGCAGCCUCGCUAGCGUCAGCGGCGCGCAGGGCCCGCCCGAGAUCAAGCAGUGGCUGAACAGGUUCCAAUCAUGGUCUAACGGCGAAAAGAUCCAGGCCAUCGACGAGCUGAUCAGCUGCUGCGACCCGAGCCAGGUGCGGCACAUGAUGAAGGCUAUCGAGCCGCUGUUCCAACGCGACUUCAUCUCCCUGUUGCCGAAAGAGCUCGCCCUCACCGUGCUGGGGUACCUGCAGCCGAAGGACCUGCUCAGGGCUGCGCAGACUUGCCGAUACUGGAAAUUCUUGGCGGAAGACAACCUCCUGUGGAAGGAGCAGUGCCGUCGCAUCGGCAUCACGACGCUGAAGAAGAUGCCUCGCUCGCUCCCGCACUGCGCCAGCCCGUGGAAGGCGGCCUACAUGCGCCAGUAUCUCAUCGAGAACAACUGGCUGCACAAAUCGGUGAACGCGCCCAUCGUGAUGCGCGGCCACGACGACCACGUCAUCACCUGCCUGCAGUUCUACGGCAACAGGAUCCUGAGCGGUAGCGAUGAUACUACGCUCAAAGUAUGGUCCGCUAUUACUGGCAAGUGCCUCCGCACCUUAGUGGGUCACUCUGGCGGCGUGUGGUCGUCGCAGAUGGUGGGCGACCUGGUGAUCAGCGGCUCCACGGACCGCACCCUGCGCGUGUGGAACGCCAAGUCGGGACAGUGCCUGAAGGUGCUCGCAGGGCACACGUCCACCGUGCGAUGCAUGCAUCUGCAUCAGAACAGGGUGGUGUCUGGGUCCCGCGACGCGACGCUGCGCGUGUGGUCGAUCCCGGACGGGCGCUGCCUGCGCGUCCUCAUCGGGCACCUCGCCGCCGUGCGCUGCGUGCAAUACGACGGCAAGCUCGUCGUCUCCGGCGCCUACGACUACUUCGUCAAAGUGUGGAACCCCGAGACCGGUGACUGUCUGCACACUCUCGCUGGACACACCAACAGGGUGUACAGCCUGCAGUUCGAUGGCGUGCACGUCGUGAGCGGAUCGCUGGACACGUCCAUCCGCGUGUGGGACGUGGAGUCGGGCCAGCUGAAACACACGCUGACGGGCCACCAGUCCCUCACCUCCGGAAUGGAGCUGCACUCCAACAUCCUGGUCUCCGGCAACGCCGACUCCACCGUCAAGGUGUGGGACAUCACCACUGGACACUGCCUGCACACACUGUCGGGACCAAACAAGCACCAGUCGGCGGUGACGUGCCUGCAGUCGAGCAACCGCUUCGUGAUCACGUCGUCGGAUGACGGCACGGUGAAGCUGUGGGACGUGCGCACGGGCGAGUUCAUCCGCAACCUGGUGGAGCUGGGCUCGGGCGGGUCGGGCGGCGUCGUGUGGCGCAUCCGCGCCUCCGCCACCAAGCUCAUCUGCGCGGUGGGCUCGCGCAACGGCACCGAGGAGACCAAGCUGCUCGUGCUCGACUUCGACGUGCCCGGCGCCUGCCGCAAGUGCGACGAAUAGCAGCGACUUAACCGGCGCCUCCUGCGUCGGUACGCCAAUCUCUACGCUCCGUGGCACUGUUAAGUGCCCACUGUAGUGUCUGCGUCGGUCCGUGUUGCAACAAUAUCACAGCAACAUCACGAUUUCAAUUUUACAUCAUUAGAAAUCAACGAAUGACUGUUACUAUAAUAAUACUUAUUUGGCACAUUCAUAUUUGCCAAAUCAACACCACUUACCAAGAUUUGUACUUACAUUUCGUAAAUCACAGGUAGCAAUCAUUUCGUAUCGUAAAUCAUGAUUCCAUACCUUAAUCUGACUUUGUUUCCACAGUGUGUAGGUAAGAGUUUAUAAACAACCACAAACAAUAAAUUACUUAAUGCGGUGCCUUUUGUUCGACAUAACAUGACUGUCGACGUCUUGCCAUUCAAUAAACGUCGGAUGUCAAAUAAAUUAACACAACUUUUGCACUUAAGAAUCUCAUGUCGAAGAUAUCUUCGAGAUUAGUACCCAUUGUGAGGCAUAUCAUUAUUAUAACUUAACAAGCUGGAAGAAACAAGUCAAAUUAAGUACAGAUCAUGAUGACCGACCAGCACAGCGUAGCGGCGAAGACGACGGGGGUUUGUCGGUUUUCCGCGUUCCAUGCAAAACGCUUGAGUGCUCGAGAUAGCGCUCAAACAUUUGCAUGAACAUUUUGCACGAGUUCCAGAUGUGUGAGUGAGCACUGGCGUUGUGGCUUGUAGACAUGUUCUACCCAUAGGAUUGUCAAUGUGUAACGUGCAAAGGACAGUUUUUUCUUACUAUAGUCUUGCGUAACUCAAGUAUCCAUGAUGUACUCAAUAAUAAUCAAUACCAUUACUAUAGUUCUAGGUGUUAAAAUGUUCAGUAGAUAAAAAUGGUGGCUAAACAACCAUCUCAUAUUGCCAAAUUCCUUUAUUUUUUACUCUGUAUUCCAAAGAGAUAAAAUCAGGAUUAGAUGUUAAGUUUAUUUUUUUAUUUAAUUUUUAAGAUACUUCCCAGUGAGGUCUUUGAUCGUUUUUAUGAAAUCGACACAGUAUGAUUUGUGAAUUAGGUAUUUUGGUUUCAGUGGUAACCCACAGAAUCGAUAAAUGAUUAUUGCUGAUUGUCCUUUACCAACUGAAGCCCCACUGUUUACCCGACUGCUGAAGGAGGGUAAUGUUUUUACUGUAUUUUAUUUCAAUUUGUUUAUUAUUAUUGUAAUAUUGUAAAAUUAUUUUUAUCAAUUUAAUGAUUUAUGAACAAUGAGAAUAUGUAAUAUUAAUUUUGUUAUUAUAAUAAUAUAAUAUUAUCAUGUUUAUGUUGAAUCAGCCCGCUGUGGUGAUGUGCACUGCUUCUUACAGGACGUGAACGCAAACAUUAAUGAUAACAAGCACACAUCAAUUGUUGCACGCUGUAGGCUCUUUGUUGAAGCAGGUUAGGUUCUAGUACCACAUUUAUAUGUUAGGCCUAGUUAUCUGAGCAGAAGUCUGUCUGACUGAUAAUUAAUUGUGGUUACCUUUGAAUGCCGAUGGUUAAUAUAAAAGUGGUACUAUUAAAUCUGGAUACAGAGUGAAUUGUUCAUGUGUAUGUAACGCUAUUAUGAAAUGUUCAACUAUUUAUUGGAAUGUACAUUAUUGGCAAUUUGUUAGAAUUUCAUGUUAGCUUAAUGCAAUUUGUCGAUUAUUGUGCUCACCCUCGUGAAGCAGGUUAUUCCUUCGAGCACUGUCCCGGGUAAGGCCUGCCAUCCAUUGGCUUCGGGGCGGCCUCGAUUACUUUGUCCUGUGUAGGGUGAGACAUUGUUAUCCGAGAUUAAUUUACUUAUUUUUAUGACCUAUUUAAUUUUUUUAUUUUUUUUUAAUCCUUUGACAUUAGACGGUGAGCCCUGUCUGCCAAACGGCGAAUAUAAUUUUAUAUAAUGUAAUUAAUUUAUGUUAUUGUAUCGUCCCCAAAAUUAGUUUGAUUAUUUAUUUAAUUAUCAUAAUUAUUAUUUUUGUGUACUGUGUCGUCCCAAAUAUCUCAAUUUAAUGGCCAGCAGUUUUAUCACUUAACUUCUUUAAUAGUCACUUAAGAUAAUAUACGUCUAAUUAUAAACAUUUCAGACUUGUAAUAAUACCGAAUUAAGAUUUAAACAAUUUAAAAAUAAUAAUAAUUCUUGGUGGUGUUAGUAUGCGCGUAUGCAGUUGAAUUUUUGCGAUAUAAACGUAACAUAGCGGAGCGGGUGGCUAUAAUACACUCGCUCGCCGUGUAUUUAUUUGUUGUGUAUAUAUACAAAUAAUAAUGUGGUCAUUGGAGGUCGCGAUUAUGUAGCCGCUACUCUUCAUAAAUGGCUGUAAUAUUAUAAAUAAUUAAACGAAGACUGAAGCAUAGUUAUAGUGUAAUAUUUAAAGUAUUAAAAUGUAGUUACUCCUGUACUACCGACCAUCACACUCAGCUGUAUGUCUUUGUUGUCUACACUUUCCCCACUUCGUGUAAACAUUUGGUUUCUUUUUGUUCUUAGUCUUUAGGCACAGACGCGUAAUCGUCGCGAUAGUAAUCAAUGAUUUCUUUUUAAAUUAGUUACGGCUAUUGUAGUUCUUUUAAGUUGUAAAUGUAAUUAUUAAGUAUUUUGUAAAACGUUAAUGUUUUCGUAGACGGGGUUAGAACAGUAUUUAUAUCUUGUGUUACUGGGCUCUGAGCUGGCAGCGUUGUGUUGUAGCGAACUCACUUGUUACUCAACGGUACGAAUGUAACAGUGGGCUCAGUCAUGUAACUUGAUAUUAUAUAUGAAUGUAAUAUGGCCGGUUCGCGAGAUAGUCUCAGCAAGAAUGUCGGGUAGCAACGAGUCAAUAUGUAAUUAAUUUAUAUUAACUUCAAGUCUUAAUAUCUUAAUAGUCCUACAAUGUAACUUAGGCUGAGUGACUUAAUGUGUUUUAGCUAUUCGACGUUCCCCUAACGAGCGCAUAGUGAAUGUUUAAUAAUGUAUGUGACUGAGGCCUCUGUAUAGUUCACCACGCACAGCCGAUGCCAGUUCUAUCUACCCUUCGUUACUCGUUUCCUUUAUAAUAACAGGCAUAUUUGCGUCAACUAUCAUUACAUUGUAUUUAGUUAGUUUUAAAAUGUAACGUGAAACUUCUAAAAUGAUUUAUACUUGCACGUUGGUAGUGGGGCAAGGCUAUUUUUUUUGCAAUUAUAUAAAAUCAAUUCUAAUUAGACUCGUUCUAUUUGCAAUAGUUUAUAUUUAUCUUAAGUUCUUGAAUUUUGUGCUUCAAAUGAUACCCAACUUAUUACAGAGUAACAUUGUAUUUAUUUUCCGCUGUUGCUCCGCUGAUCAGUGUAUAAAUCAUUUCGUACACUUUAUAUUGCUCAAGUUAGUCAUAGUGAUACUUCUAACCCCGGAACACCUGCGGCAUUUUCUUCAUUCGCAUCUAUCUUAUAAUCUAAUGUAAUGUAAUUUCACGACACCAACGAAUAUUCUGUCAAAUUUAAUGCGGGCGAGUGUACACCGUGUAAUCUGAUUAUAUUUUAGUUCUGAAUAUUAAUGGGCUGAUGAGAAUAAAUAGGGCAGUUUUGAUCACAUAACCGGGUUCUUUUAUUGUAGCGAGCGGACACGGUGUGGACGAGUUGCAACCUUUUUGUUUGAUCCACGUACAUAUAGUUUGGUCCCUUUCCUGGAUAUGUUAUGAUAACCUUAAGCUUAGUACACGAUCUUUGUAGCAAGUAUAGUUAGGAUCACGCUGAUUGCGGGUCCUUGAAAGUAUUAUUGUGAAAGUCGAAACGCAUGUUUGUGUUCUCGACACACGAGGUGACUAUAUGCGAGAUGCCAGGCGUCCAUGCGGUGUUGUGUCGCCCGCACGAACAAAUUGACAGCACAACUGUAUGUAUGUAGGUGGUACGAGACGGCGAUGUUUGGUUGUUAUUAUUUUCAAUUUAAUUCUUCGAUUCCUUUUGCUUUUAUGUAUGAUUAUUAAUUAAUAAAUCCAAUUGUUUUCAAGUUUA